CUAACAACACAUCACCAGAUGACAACAACAAAACAUCCAGAGCUACUGACAGGGUGUUUUAGCGUAGCUACCAGAGACAAACAACUGCUGGGUUUGUCCGUGUGUGACACCAUCGCGGCUGAAGUUCGCCAAAUUAAACUUUUAUUUAUCAGGAAUAUGUUGGAUCUGCGCCACUAAUUAUGGUUGUCAGCCAUUGCAGUCUGGUUUAGUCCAGCUACCGUUAGCUAAGCUAGCUCUAUGUAUGCCAAGCUAAAACGGGUUAGCUAGCUAGCUUGGGUGCUAGCCUGGUAGCUAGCCAGCGAAGACCGAGACCGAGACCAGGGAGAUGGUGGCAAAGUGAGGGUGGUGGUGAGUGACUAAAUGAACAAGAAAGGCACCUGCAAGGAACUCUGGGAGAUUCAACAUGAAGUUGUAUGUGUUCCAGGUCAACAAUGGCAGCACAUUGACAUUUGACACUGACCUUGCUGUCCAAACUGUCCUGGAGCUUAAACAUGCCAUCCAAGCCAAAUAUAAGAUUGCAACUCAACAUCAAGUCCUUGUUGUCAAUGGAGGGGAAUGUAUGGCUGCGGAGAGACGAGUCUGCAGCUACAGUGCUGGCACUGAAACCAACCCCAUAUUCCUGUUCAACAAAGAGAUGAUCUUGUGUGACCGAGAUCCAACGAUCCCCAAAACCACCUUCUCGAUUGAGAGUGAGAUUCAAGUCAAGGUGGAGGAGUCUCUGCUGAUGCCAGCUGUAUUUCACACCGUUGCCUCACGAACACAACUUGCUCUGGAAAUGUUUGAAGUUGCCAACAAACUUUGCUCUUUCUGUGAGCGUUUGGUUCAUGAUGAACACCUUCAACACCAAGGCUGGGCUGCUAUUAUGGCUAAUCUGGAUGACUGCACUCUGUCUUAUCAGAAGUUGCUCAUGAAGUUCAACUCCGCAUACACAAAUUAUCAAAAUGACUUGGAAGAAAUCAAGGUGAAACUUUCGAAGUUAGGGACGGCGGUUUCUGUAAUGGCAAGGAUACCGCUGCUAGAAUGUUUGACAAGACACAGUUACCGAGAGAGCAUGGAGAAAUCCAGUUCAACCCCAGAGAAGGAUUCAGACGAGACUGAAGAAGAAAAAUCCACUGACUCUGUGCGCUGCACUUCCGAAGUAAAGGAGCCUUCCAAGUUAUCUGGAUCCUUCUCUGCUUCGGGGACGGCCACACGCGAGCCAGCCGGAGACCAGGAAACCAACGAGAUGACUGACAGCGGUGGGCUGAGGGCUGCGCUAUUAGACGACGACGACGACGACGACACUCCAGAUCUCGCUAACCUGGCCUCGUUCAACGUAACACUAUUAGACUGGAUCAACGUCCAAGACAGACCCAACGACGUGGAGUCGGUUGUGAGGAAAUGCUUUGACUCCAUCAACAGGCUUGACCCGCGGAUCAUUCAGCCAUUCCUGGCCGAUUGCCGUGACACAAUUGCCAAGCUGGAUAAUCAGAACAUGAAGGCCAUCAAGGGGCUUGAGGACAGGUUGUACGCUCUAGACCAAAUGAUCGCAAGCUGCAAGAAGUUGGUGAAUGAGCAGAAAGAACUCGCUCAGGGAUUUUUGGCCAAUCAGAAGCGGGCUGAAAACCUGAAGGAUACGUCUGUUCUGCCUGACUUGUGUCUGAGUCACACCAACCAGCUGAUGAUCAUGCUGAACAACCACAGGAAGCUGCUAGACAUCAAAAAGAAGUGCACCACUGCCAAACAAGAACUUGCAAACAACCUUCAAGUCAGACUCAAAUGGUGCUGCUACGUGAUGCUUCACGCAGACCAGGAUGGGGAGAAGCUUCAGGCUCUACUGAGACUUCUCACAGAGCUAAUGGAAAGAGUGCGGGUGGUUGAGGCCCUCAGUACCGUGCCCCAGAUGUACUGCUUGGCAGUCGUGGAAGUCGUCAGGAGAAAAAUGUUUAUGCGACACUACAGAGAGUGGGCGUACGCGCUCGUGAAGGAUGGGAAACGAUUGUACGAGGCAGAGAAGUUCAAAAGGGAAUCCUUUGGGAAACUCUUCAGAAAGUCUUUCCUCCGAAACCGAUUGUUCAGAGGACUUGAUUCAUGGCCUCCAACAUCAUUUUGUACACGUAAGCCCAGAAGGUUUGACGAUGAACUUCCUGACAUCUCACUUGACGACCUGCAGUACUUGAAAUCUUGUUGUCCUUUAGAAGUGCAGCCUUUUCUUAUGGUUCCCACCAUGUGUGACUUUGAGCCUUUAAAUUACCACAUAGAGACGCUUCAGCAGCUGGUCCAGGCUGCACAGAGUGUGGACGAGAUGUCUCAAACCAUCACUGACUUGCUCAGUGAACAAAGGGCGUCUUACAGUCAGAGUGCCCAGAGAUCGGCUGUAUUGACGCCGCAGUCUGAAAGCAAGCACGGGGCCACAACGCCGCUGUCCUCCAAAACGCCACCCUCUCUUAGUCUUCAGGGACCCAGCUGCCAGCCCAUACAUGUUCCCGUCCCGGCUCCUCUCGAGGACCUAUCUCCGGACAGCAUCGACGCGCAAACCUUUGACUUUGAAACCAUCGGCCACCCGAACAUGGACCCGGUCCUGCAGCAGGGAUCCCUCGACUUGGACUCUCUAGCCGAGAGCCCCGAGUCUGACUUCAUGUCUGCUGUCAACGAAUUUGUGAUCGAAGAGAACCUGACCUCUCCGAACCCCAUCAGUGACCCUACAAGCCCCGAAAUGAUGGUGGAGUCCUUGUACUCGUCAGUCAUCAACGCCAUCGACAACAAGCGAAUGCAGGACACCACGAUACUGGAGAGGGAGAACUCGAGGGUCGCUGCUCUCAAGCAAGUGAUUGAGAGAUAUCGAUGUGCCGCAGAGGAGUCCCACGCCAACUUUCGAAGUGUAAAGGACGACCUCUGUCACUUGAGAGGGCUGGUGUUGAAAGAACAGCAAGACUUUGGCUUCGUUCUGCGCAGUAUGAGCGCGGAGGUGCGCAGCAUUGUGGAUAACAUCUGCCAGACCCACGCGCUGGAGCUGAAAGAGCAGCAUCAAAGCGAACUUCUAGCUCUUCGCCAGGAGCUCGAGAAGCAGGUUGAGACACUAAUGGAGGAAAACCAAGUAAAUCAGAACAUUGUCAGGGACGUCCAGCGGGCGAUGCUGGAGCUGGAGGGACUCAUGGAGCGCAAAGAGAAAGAACUCACUCAACUCGAGCAUGAGAAAGAGCGGUGGGUUGAGGCGGAGGGUGAUCUGACUGAGCGGAUCAAAAACCUGGAGCAGGCAAACAGCGAUCAAACCGAGGAGAUCAAGAAGGUCUCGGCCUCCAGAGACUCUCUGACCAGCCAGCUCGAGAAUCUGCACUUUGAGAUCGAACGCAGUCAGCAGAAGAUUCGGCAGGAGUUGGAAGGCGCUGCGCAGUCCCAUUUAAAGGAGCUGGAGGACAGAAUGAGGCAGGAACACAAGGAAGAAUUUGAGACCUUAACAAAGGAGAACGAGGAGGCCCUGGAACACCUCGCCGCCGAAAACAGUGCAAAAUUAAGCGAGGCGGCUGAUCGCCACGCCGCCGCCGCGAGAGAGAAGGACAAACAAGUGAAGGACUUGGAGGCUCGCGCCACCGAGCUCGCGGAACUCCGCUGCAAACUAGAGGUGGAGCUGGCCCUCAAGGAGUCGGAGACGGAAGAGGUGCGGCUUUUGUUCGAGGAGGCCAAGGCGCAGCAGGCGGAGGCCGUGAAGUCCCAGGUAGAGGUCGAGACGAAGGCCCUCCGCGAAGAGCUGGCGGAAGUCACGAAACAACUUCAGGUAAAAAACGAGGAGUAUGAAGUGGACCUGGCGGAGCUGAGGACUCUCAUGAGGAUCGAGAAAGACCACUGCAUCUCGGAGCUGGUGGACCGGCACGAGGAGGAGACGAUUUUGUUGAGCAACAAGCUCUCUUUCCUGCAGCAGCAGGCCCAGGACGCCGAGAGGAACCACGCCGAGCAGCAGCAGAAACUUAGGGAGGAAUUAGAUCAGCGAGUGGCCGCUCUGAGCGAAGAAAAGGAAAAGCAGUUGAGGGGUUUCCAAGAUCUGGAGCGGGAGUUGAGGGCUAUUAUCGGUGACUUGCAGGCAGAAAAUGACCUGCUCUCCAAAAAACUAGAGCAGGACAAACAGGCAGAGAAAGAAGAGGCCACUAAUGUCACACCACCAGAUGCCUUUAAAGAGCUGGAGAAGCAGAAGGAUGAGAUGGAGAAGAGACUUUUAGACAAAAUUAGGCAACUUGAGAAUGAGCUUCAGGAGAGACAAAAAAGUGACGAGGGCUUGCCGCUGCACGCUGAGGGGCGCGCAGAUGCAGGAGCACCUCUGUCUCUGGACUCGGCGAUGCAGGAGCGCCUGCAGCAGGAGAGGGACUCCCUGCAGACGCAGAUAGAGCUCCUGGAGAAGAAGAAGAACGAGGAGAUACAGAACCUCAAGACGUCUCUAAUCGCGGAGCAGCAGACAAAUUUCAACACCGUUCUGACCCGAGAGAAGCUGAAGAAGGAGCAGAUCAUCAAUGAUCUCACGGAGAAGCUGCGGAGCGUCACACAACAGCAGGAGAAGGACAAAGCUCUGAUAGAGACGCUGUCCGAGGACCGGGCCAGCGUGAUGCAGGAAAAGAAACACUUGGAAGAAGAGCUGAACCGCCUGCGCAGCACUGCGCUGGUCUCCUCCGCCUUCUUCACCCCCAACCCUUCAGCUCAAGAGGUCACAGCAGAAGCAGCAGCAGCAGCAGCAGCUAGAGCUCUGCCCAUGGCCGGGGCUUGUUCAUCUGAGCUGCUGAGUGAUACUGACAGACUGGCCUCCGUGGCGACGAUUCAAGACGACGAACACGUCGAUUCAGCAGUGGAAGCCAGCAUGGUGACCGUCCAUGAUAAUAUGAUGUCAGAGGAGAAACAGCGGAUAAUCUUACUCGAGAGGACUUUACACAUGAAGGAAGAAGAAAACAAGCGCCUCAGUCAAAGACUGAUGUCUCAGAGCAUGUCGUCUAUGUCGUCACGGCAUUCAGACAAAAUCGCUAUCAGAGAUUUCCAGGUAGGCGAUUUGGUUCUAAUCAUCCUGGAUGAAAGGCACGACAACUACGUGCUGUUCACCGUCGGUCCCACCCUCUACUUCCUCCACUCAGAGUCUCUCACUGCACUGGACCUCAAACCAGCAUCAGGGACCUCAAGACGGCCGUGGGUUCUUGGAAAGGUGAUGGAGAAGGAAUAUUGCCAGGCAAAAAAGGCCCAGAACAGGUUCAAGGUUCCUUUAGGAACCAAGUUCUACAGAGUGAAAGCUGUUCCAUGGAACAGAAAAGUAUAAUAGCCAAGUAAUGAGCUAAAAAUGUAUAUUUAUAUUGUUUAAUUUUUGAACAGAAAUUUCACAUCAUAAUUCAUGACUUGAAUCAUGGAAUGAAGAUCGUCAUCAUUUUUUUUUUUUUUUUGUUCCUCUUCUUUUCAAUUCAAAAUCCCACCUGCUAUCACAUUUUUUGUUUUUCUUUUUAACCCGGGUUUGUUAUUGUGGACCAAAUGCUAAUAACCUUAUUAGGGCAUCGCCCUAUACACUGUGGCAUUACGCCAUUUGACCUGUGUGUGAAAUUGAGCAAAAUUUGGAUGUUAAAUAUUAGUUCUCAUUAUCAGCAUUUGUCCUUCUGUGGAAAAUACUGUGUCAUUAUCAACAUGAUUAAAUAAAAAUAUACAUUUAUUAUAAAUGUUUAUGGAGGAAUGUUCAUGGCAUGCAUAUUGAUAUAUUUUCUUUGAUUUACUUAUCCAGAUAAAUGUCGUAGUUGGAAAUGUAGUUAAUGCUGUUUGUUACUCACAAAGCAGUAUGGCCCUCUGUCGAUACUGAACUGUACAUUACGACUGACUGGCGGAGGCGGUCGUCUUUGCAAUCCUUGAAAUGCACUUUCAAAAAAAAACGAUGCUUUUGUUGAUUUGAAAAGGGAAGUUGACUGAGCUGUCAGAACUAAGUAAAUAUAUCAGCACAAACUUCUCACUAUCAUAGAAUAUUGACAUGUAGAAAGGAAAACUUUGUGGCCGUGUUUCAUUAUCGGGAGACAUUGUAUAUUACCCAUUAAAUCACAUGUAACAAUAAAUGACUGUAUUGUAAAAGAUAGAGUUUUGAAACAAUAAAGGAUUGAUCCCAAAUGCA